GAGUCCACUCUUCAAAGCUGCCAUUUUCUCCAGGGGAACUGAUCUUUCUCAGUCUAGAAAUCAACAGUCAUAGCGGGAGAUCUCCAUGUGCUGCCUGGAGACUGGCAACCGCAGCAACAAAGCAUUUCUAGGACAACGUUCACGUUGCUUCCUGUAGCAGGAUGCAUUGCGGUGGUUGUAGUCCGGCGUUCUCAAUCUUUAACCGUCAUCUUUUCCUCCUGCCGUACAGCGGUGCCUGGCCACAAAACUACAACCCCCAGAAUGCUUUUCGUUGCGAGGUUCUGUACGCGAGUAAGAGAAGCAGGAAGGGCAUCGGCUCGCAGCGAAGGCAGCGGCGAUUGGGUGACCCUCUUUUUGCAGCAGACUGUAUAGGAAGAUCUCGUCUUUAGGAGCUUCAAAAGUUGGCGCAUUAUUGAAAAGACAAGAUCCAGUCGCUGAAAAGGAGAAAAACACAGAUAUAAUCACCAUAAAGACCCAUUCAAAAAAGCAACACCACCUCCUCCCCCAGCUGAUGAUCUGGAUGCUGUGCAUGGGCUUUGCAAACAAGAAAAGUGUCAAGGUCUUCACGGGCAUCGCAUAGCUGGAGUGAUCGGGGCAGGCGGAGGCAUCGUGAUCCCGGAACCAUGAGGAACGACCUGUCAGUGGCCUUCGCUGGUGUCAGUGGGGCAGGGAGCAUCUUACGGAGCAGUGAGCCUGCCUCCUUGUCUCCAGUGGCAUCCCAGGCAGCCUCCCUGUUGGAAGAAGCGGCAGAUCUGUUGGUGGUGCACAUGGACUUUGCUGCUGUGGUAGACCGCUGCGAGAAGGGCUGUGAGAGCCUCCUGGGUGAGCUAGCGAGUGAAGACUCCAGAAGCUGUGAAGAACUGAAAUGCUCUUUAUGCAUCGUUGGUAUCCAGGCCCUCAGUGAAAUGAACAGGUGGAGAGAAGUCCUCCCAUGGGUCCUGCAAUACUACCAAGCUCCUGCAUACUUGCCUCCCAAAGUUCUGGAACUGUGCAUCCUCCUCCAUAGUAAAGUGAAAGAGCCUCACGUGAUGCUGGAUGUUGCGAGUGAUUGGUUACAUGCCUCAGCCAAUCAGCACCUGCUGACUUACAGCCUGUUGGUUCAGCUGCAUCUCUUUCACAUUCUGUUACCCCUUGGGCACUUUGCCGAAGCCCAGGAAAUGGUCGAAGGCUGUAAAACAUUAAGCAAGGAGCAGCGGCUGGAGGCCCGCAGGGUCAUUAAAGAGAAGAGGCAGCAGUGGUUACAGCAGACAAAGGAGCACCCAGAUUCUGAGGAGCAGGCAGAAACAGCAUGGAAGGCACCACUGGGCUCGGUGUCCAAGAAAGUGUUGACCAUCUUGGCGCAGCUGGGCAGAGUGCUGGGGUCCCUGGCAGGCCAGCUUGGCUCCAUCCCCUACAAAACGGCUCUUUUAGCAGCUUUCAUGCUGUUUCUCAUCGUUGUGAAACUUGACCCAGCAUCUCCUACCUCCCUGCCCUUCGUCUACAGACUCACCCAGCUUUUCCAUCAAGCCCGCUUGGCUGUAUUUUCCCCACAACACAGGCCUGCAGUUUGAGGUUAAGCAAGGCCAGUUUCCUCUGUAAUGAAACUCUACACACUGCAGAACCCCUGAAAAGAGGCCCUGUAAUCCAGUUGGAGCGAUCCUGUUGCUGUGAGCAGAGGGAAGGUUGCAAGUAUUGUGGAAGCUUCUUCAAGUCCUUAAAAUCUUAUCUGCUGAUGCAUCUGGCCUGAAGACAAUCUUCACUGAUUUUUUUCUCCAAUUAUCCAUCUCUUGAGCAGUCUAAGCAGUUACCUACAAGCUCAUUAGUGGCCCACCAAAAUUUGUGUACUCCUCAAACACCCUACUUAUAAACAUGUUCUAUUGAGAGCAGUGGGGUUUCCCCUGAGUUAAAUGUAUUUAAGAUCAGGAGCAUUACAUCUAUUUAAAUGCUUGGUUCAACCGCCAUCUUCUGAAGCGACAUCUCAAUUUCUGCUUACUGUGACUUCUGCUGUGUGCUAGGAAACUUGUGUUAUCCUUUCAAGAGUCAUAAGCCAUUUUGCUCCCCAAGGAAACAAAGCUUGACAACUGUACGAUAUUUUCAGUCUCUCACUUUGGCUGAACACCAAGGAAAGCAGGGUGUGUUUAGCCACCCUUUUCAAUAUUAAGAUGACCCAGCUUGCAAAAAAAAAUCUGCUGCAGCUCCUGUGCAUUUAACAAUCUAUAUGUGUUAAGUAGGAAUUCAGCAGCUAAGUCUUUUUCACAGCAUGAAGUGGAUAAAAAGAAGAGACAAAACUUUAUCUGCUUUAUUUUUCUGUUUGUCACCCAAGGCAUUUAAAAAGGUACAGAAGCCUUGCCAAAAGAAAAAGUGGCAAUUCUUGGGGCAUUCCACAAAUUAAUAAUGUCGUUUUUGUAUGAAGGAGUGCUAUAACUUUAUCAGCAUGUGUGCUGGUUAGUUUGAAGAAAGAAACAGCUUGAUAAGAACUGUUUUCCAUUAUUUUUCGGGGAGGUGGAAGUGUUUGUAAAGAUGUUGUGAUCUUUAAAAAGAUAUUUUAAAGUAGUUGUUACCUUGCAUUUAAUUAAUACAUUAAAAUCAUUUCAUUUUUUAAA